AUGGCAACGCAAAGGACCACCUCGAAACGUGCCAACAAAUCAUCAUCCGACAGCGAGCUAGCGCAGGGCAAAGGCAAAGGUCGACGGCACAAAUCGAAAGAGAAAUGGCCUCUGUUGGAAGGGCUGACGGUCGACGAACUGGCACGUUAUCGAAGGAGGCGUGUUCAAGGCCAGCCGAAAGACAAUCUUGGACUACAUCCCGAAUCGGAGGAGGACAAACAACCCCCAGAAUCUGAGAAUUUUCAGAGCAUUCGCGCGAAUAACGAAGAAUCGCUCAAGGAAAAUGUCUGGCCGGAGACGGACAAAGAAAUCGAGGACGUUCACCUGAAGGAUUUCGACGUGGUUGCGCAGACUUCGGAUCUGGAAGAGGUGGACGACCAAGAAAAAAAAGAUGCGGAAUUGGAGACGAUAAAUAAAGAACCAGAAACUUCUUUCGUGCAGACGGACGAGGAUAAAACGAUGGAAAUCGAAACUGUAAACUCUAAGUUCGUCGGCCAUGUCGGGGUUGUUACGCGGCCAUCCCUUAUUAGAAGAGGCACAACUUUGAAGCGAGACGGUGAAUUUUACACGGACACGGAGACCUGUUCCUCCUAUGUGGCAUACGAGGGUCAGCACAGGCCGGAAUUGGCCCGACGAGCGACGUCCUUGAAAAUGGAGGGUGAUUUCGAAACGACCACCGAGAAAUGCGAGAAAUUCAUUCGUUGGCUGAACGUCAGGCGUCCAGACCUCAUGCGUGUCCCCACGCACCUGAAGCUCGAGGGUGAACUGGAAACGUUGACCGAGAACCACGAAAAAUACGUGCCGUUCGUGGGCACCCGUAGACCGGAACUGUUACGUCAGAAUACGAACUUAAAGUUAGAAGGGGAAUCGAAUUUCGUGCCGGAGUACACUGACGUUUUCAGAAUACCCCACAACAGAGAAAGACAACAGCCAGUGAAACCGGAAAUUCAUCUGAAAACGGGACGGGACUUCUUUCAAAGUACAGAAAGCACCGAGAACUUUGUCGAUCCGCGUGCGAAGGAGGCGCAGCUAAUGCGCGAACUGAACAGGGACGUGGAGGAGGAGGAGAGACGGCAAAAGCAGCAAAAGGAGAAGAAAAAGGAGGAGGAGAUGAAAAUGUUGGUGUCGAAAUUGGAGGACUUGAAGAGCCCGCCGCUCGAAGUUCCCGAAUAUAAGGAUGCUUACAAGGAUUUCCCAAGGGAACGCCCAAGAAUCGUAAAACCAGAAGACGAAAUCGGCCGAGCUGAUGGUUCGAAGGUUCCGUCGUCGCCCGCCAGUAAGUUCUCCACAAAAAUCGACCAGGAUCCGGAAUACAAGUCCAAGUAUCUGGAUUACCAAAGGGACCAUCCUGUGUACCGGAAACCACCUAUAACAGUCAGAUCAACGCUGGUUCCUUCAGAACAUUGUACGGGAUUUGGUAAACCGGAAUCGAAACGAUACGAUCACGAGUUCACCAGCGAGGUCAGAUCGCAAUACGUUCCGUACGGUCGUGUACCAAGAGUGGAACCACUGCGAAUACCGUCCAGUUUGCGUCUGGAAGGGAAUCUCGACCUCGAGCCGGAAUACAGAACGGCCUACUGCACAAAACGCGAAAGUCAAUGCGCUGAUUCGAAUCUGCAACGUAGACGGGAUCGUAGUUUGAGUGCUUCCAGACGUCAAGGAAAUCAUUGGACGAAUAGUAACGUGGAGCAAUUCGAUUCCGCGAAUGUUGUCCAGGAUCAGAACGCUUUCCAGGUGCUGAACACGCGAAUUCACGAGGACAAUGUCUGUGGGAAACCACCGUCUGGUAGUCGAAGAGGCUCGAAGACCUCCCAAAUUCAUCUGCAAAGACCAACACAGGAUGGGGCAGAAUACAACAGAUUAAAGGAGGAAUCGUCGAAUCCGACUUAUCGACUUCAUGUUUACAAUGUCGAUGACGAACAUCAAGGUUUUCGACGCAGACGUUCUCCAUCACUUCAGUCUUCCGGAAGGAUACGGAAUCCUUCACCCGAUCGUGCACACCGCACUGACGUUGUCAGACCAUAUUCCCCUAGUUUUGGUAAAAGCACUAAGCAGCAUAAUAACGGUCAGUCAUUCGUUGUUCUGGACAAUGAACUGUUCGACACGAAUAAAAACGAGGUACGCCGGAGACGAGCGGAUAGGAAUUAUAAUAUCGAUGGCACGCUGACCUUCUCGAAGGGAAGAACUAGAACUACGAGUAAUUGGAUGCCACCCUGGUAUGAUAGUACAAAUACGAUUUAA